AUGGAAGAUCAUUCGAAUAACUAUAAGAGAAAAUCUAAAGGUGGCGCUGAAAAAAUUAGAGAAAAAAAACAAAAAAAACUACAAAUAGAGGCAGGCAGUUGUCUUAAAGAAAUAGAUAAUGACCAAAAUAACCUCAAGACAAAUGAAACAGAUAUUUUAAAUACACUAAACAAGAUAGAUGUAAUAGAUGUUAAAAAUAUAAAAAGUAUAAAAGUUGAUUCUCAAAAUUUAGAUGUCGAUAACAAGGUAGUUUCCGAUGACUUAAGUAAUAUUACAACUAAUGUUGACUUUUAUGAAAAACCUUCCAAGGAAUUAAUUCACCAAUUUUUAAAUUAUCACCCUUGUCAACCCAAUGAUAUUGAUUUUAAUACGGAUAAAGUAUAUUUUACAAAUAAGAAAAUGGGAGAUACUAGAAAAUGGAUAAGUUAUAGUCGUGAUCGAAAAUCAUUUUUUUGUUGGAUUUGUAUAGGAUUUGGGUUAAAAGACGAUCAAAGUAUUUUUGUAACUGGUUAUAGUGGUGUAACUAAGCAUUUUUAUGACAGAAUUAAGGAACACGAAAUUAGCAAAACCCAUAUUAACAAUUUAGAAUCAUUUUUGAUGUUUGAAAGCAAUAAAGAUAUCAUAAGUUAUUUCAGUAAAGCAAGAGAAAUAAAACUCAGAGAAAUACAAAAUAAUAGAAAUAUUUUGGAACGUGUUAUCGAGACAAUCAAAAUGAUUGGCAAGAGGGGUCUUAGUUAUCGUGGUGCUAAUGAAGCAGCGUAUACUUUGGAUAAUAAUUCAUUAGAUCAUGGAAAUUUACUUGAAAUAUUAAUGUUAAUUUCAAAAUUUGAUCCUAUACUAAACAACCACGUGCAAAAAUGCAUCGAUAAGAGUAAAAAAAUACACAAAAACCAAAAUACAAAAGGACGAGGCGAUCUUGUUAGUUUUUUUUCGAAAACUACUGCCAACGUAAUAAUUGAAGGAAUAACUAAACUAAUAAAACAGAAAAUAUCUGAGGAAAUUAAUCGAGCCAAUUUUUUUACAAUUCAAAUUGAUACCACGCAGGAUAUCAAUGUAGUCGACCAGUGUUCCAUUGUAGUUAGAUACGUAAAUAACCAAGUUCAUGAGCGAGUUGUAAGCAUUGUUAAUUGUAAAUCGGGCAAAGGUAAAGAUAUGCACGAACUUGUUUCAAAUGAGUUAAACAAAUUAAAUAUAGAUAUUACAAAGUGUAUUGGGAACUCAACUGACGGUGCAGCUAACAUGCAAGGCCAAUAUAAAGGAUUCACUAAGUGGUUAACUGAUGAUGCACCCAAACAACUUCAUUCUAUUGAACAAAGUUGCAGUAUUCGUUCGUGA